CUGUUUUGAGUGAAGGUAGAAGUUGCCACUUUGCUCCAGUUCUGUUUGUAAAGCAAGCCAACAAUGUUCUUUGGAUGGAGGGAGACUACUAUUCUUUGCUUUCUGCUUCUCUAUGGUGUGCCCAACUCUUCAUCUGGUGUCCCUGGGCAGUUCCCUAAUUCAUUGAUUCAACCUGGAUCUCCUGUCCCUGUAAAGACAAAUGAUCCCAAAGUUCAAAGAGCUGCUAGGCUUGGGGUCUAUAAAUACAACAACAGUUCAAAUGAUAUCUUUUUGUUUAAAGAAUCUCACAUAAAUAAAGCCACAGUGCAGAUUGUGAAAGGAAUGAAAUAUAGACUGAAUGUCGAUAUCCGCAGGACUGUAUGCAGCAAAAGAAUACUGCAUCCCAACUUGGACAAAUGUGACUUCCAGAAGAUGCUGAUGCUGAGAAAAAAACUCACAUGUGAUUUCGAAGUCUGGCUUAUCCCUUGGCAGCAGAAAAUCCAAAUUCCAGUCAUGUUCUGCCACUAAUUGAUCUCUAAUAAACUUUAUAGAUAUUGCAUGUUUAGUUUUUGUCAACUGGUACACCACAAAUUGUCCAUAAAGAUACUGGAUCGCCAACAGCUGUGGAGUCUUUUGCUUUCUUUCUUCCUUUUCUAAUGGAAAAUGAUAAAAAUAUACUCAUUCUUUUUUCACCUG